GCUGGACAGCGGUAGAAAGUCUACAACUGUUAUCAUGAACGGUGUUAUAUACGUAUAUGUCCUGAUCUUCCAAUGCCUCUUUGUGUUAGGGGAUUAUCCCUUCAGAAACACAUCCCUACCCUGGGAUGUGAGGGUAGAGGACCUUGUCGGGCGCCUCACCCUGGAUGAGAUGCAAGAACAGAUGGCCCGAGGGGGACAUGGGAAUUUUGGAGGACCCGCUCCCCCUAUCCCCCGUCUUGGUAUCGGCCCCUACUCCUGGAACACCGAAUGUUUGAGGGGGGACGUGGGGGCGGGAAAUGCCACAUCCUUCCCCCAAGCUCUGGGUCUAGCUGCAGCCUUCAGCAAGGAUCUGAUGUACCGUGUCGCUGAGGCCACCAGUGUUGAAGUACGGGGUAAAUAUAACGACUACAUCAGCAAAAAAGAGUACGGCGACCACAAAGGCAUCAGCUGCUUCAGCCCCUUCAUGAACAUCAUGAGGGACCCCAGAUGGGGACGAAACCAGGAAGUGUAUGGAGAAGACCCCUAUAUGACUGGUGUUUUGGCCGCAAUGUCCGUGAAGGGCCUUCAAGGUAACGACUCGCGCUUCAUCAGAACUAACUCUGGCUGUAAAGUCUUCGCCGCCUACGCUGGACCAGACAGCAUCCCCGUAUCGAGACACAAUUUUUCAGCCGUGGUAUCAGUACGAGACUUUCGUACAACAUUCCUACCAGCGUUUCGGGCCUGUGUCAAGGCCGGGACUUACAACAUCAUGUGCGGCUACAACAGUUUCAACGGCACGCCAUCAUGUGCCAACCGUUGGCUCCUGACAGAUGUUCUCAGGAACGAGCUGAACUUCACCGGAUAUGUCAUCAGUGACCAAGGAGCCAUAGAGAGAAUCAUGACAACACACCACUACCUCGACAACGGCGUCGACAUUGCUGCAGCGUCUGUUAACGCUGGUGUCAAUCUGGAAUUAGCUGAGAACCUUCGACAGCCCUUCUUCACUUUAAUCACUGAAGCAGUCAAACAGGGCAAGCUCACGGAAGAUUUGAUUCGGGAGAGAGUGAAACCAUUGUUUUAUACCAGAAUGAGGCUUGGUGAGUUUGAUCCUCCGGAAUCGAACCCGUACACUGAGCUGAACACGUCUACCAUCGAGAGUGAGUCCCAUAAAGCCCUGGCCGUUGAAGCAGCGAUGAAAACCUACGUCUUGCUGAAGAACGUGAACAGCUUCCUCCCUUUGACAAAGAAAUAUAAUUCUAUUGGGGUGGUAGGUCCUAUCGCCAACGACAAAGUCAACAUAUUUGGCGACUACUCCCCCGACAGUGACCCUCGGUUUACCAUGACAGCCCUGGAUGGCAUCAAACAGUUGUCCUCAAACGUCCAAUAUGGCGCCGGCUGCUCGAACACUUCCUGCACAAACUACAACUCUUCCGCUGUUCAUGACGCUGUGUCUGGAAAAGAUUUGGUGUUUGUUUGCUUGGGCACUGGUCAAGAGAUUGAGAGUGAAGCACGUGACAGACCAAACAUUGAACUUCCUGCAGGGCAAGCCGAACUAUUACAAGAUUCACUGAAAUUCAGCGGCAAUACGCCAGUCGUCCUUCUGAUGUUCAAUGCCGGUCCUCUGAACAUUACCAUGGCAGAUGCCAGUCCUCAGGUUGCCGCCAUCUUGGAAUGUUUCUUCCCUGCUCAGGCUACAGGAGAAGCUCUGCGUCGAGUGCUCACCAUGGAUGGACCUGGUUCGGUUCCUGCAGCCAGACUGCCCUACACAUGGCCUAAGAGUCUUGAUGGGUUUCCAGCCAUGACAAACUACUCAAUGGCCGGGAGAACAUACAGAUACUACGAGGACGACCCAUUGUACCCUUUCGGCUAUGGCCUUUCCUACACUGAGUUCUUUUACAUCACGCUUCAGUACUCCUAUACCAUAAAGGCAGGGGCAGAUGUCGAGGUCUCCAUUCUGCUGCAGAACAUAGGGAAAUAUGAGGGUGAUGAGGUUGUUCAGGUAUAUAUAUCCUGGGACAACGCCAGUGUGCCAGUUCCACGGCGACAGCUGGUUGCUUUUGAGCGUGUCACCAUUGCUGCCAAUGCUUUCCAAGUGGUUAACGUGACGGUGUCAGCAGAGAGCAUGGCCGUUUGGGUGGAUAACUCGGGGUGGGUGAUAGAGCCAGGUUACAUCCGAUUGUUUGUUGGUGGUCAGCAACCAAGUCAACAAAAGUCUGCACCAUCACGAGUGCUGGAAGGUGGAUUCAAAGUCGAGGGUUCCAAGUAUCUUGGUGUGUACUAAGACAAAUACUCGUUGCGUCAAUAAAAUAUGGCAUGUUUCCGAAAACAGUCACAACUAUUA